UACUACCCUUCGACAGUCGGAUGAAUCUAUGACAACAGAAAUUAUUUAUUUUUCAGUGAAAAAUCGAAAUAAGCAAAGGAUUAUCAUUUAAUAUGCAGAUCUUCAGCCUUCCGUUCUUGUGCACAUGAACUUUUAUGAUUUUCCACAGGCGUUCUAAACAGUGACGAGAAACGUGCAAAACACAAAUAUGGUCUGAGCUGAAAUGCGACUUCAUUGAUAAUGGGAUGUGGUGGCUACAGCAAGAUCAACAAGCCGGACGUAAAUGGAGCUGUGUACAGAAAGAUCACCAAGGAGGAGGUACUGGUGGAGAUGGGCAGAAAAGUCCGUGUCUUGGACUCUGGACCAACAAUUAUUUUUGUAUAUGGUGGGCCUGGCUCAAAGAAGGGUCGUCUAGUCUCUGAGCUGGUGGAGGUUUUUGAUUUUACAUUUGUUAAUGUGGAAAAGAUCAUGCUGCAAAAGGUGGCUGGGGAGGCCUACAGUAUUGAGGAGAAGGACGAAAAUCAUGACAGAAAGGAGUCUGUUCAGGAGCUGAAGAAAAUGUUGGAGGAUGACCCGACCUCCAUUUCCUUGUCGUGGAUCCUUCAUGAAGUGACGGCCCAGGUGGACAGGAACCCACAGGGGCGCUACCUAGUGGACAUGAUGCCCAACCUCAAGUACCUUAUCCGCACCGCCACCUUCUCGCAAGACUGCAGCAGCAGCAUGGAGCAGUUUGAGCAGAAGUACCCGAUUUCCUUUGCUGUUUACUUCUCACUGAACAUGGGCUCCAAGAGUAAGACACAGAAGAAGGUGGAAGAGGAAGUGAAAGAGGAGACGGAGGAGGACAAAGCAGGCUUCCAGUCAGAUGAGGUUGACCUGUCCAGGACGAAGAGGAGGCAGUCGAUGUUUGAAAACAGUGUCCGGUCCCUGUUGGACUACUUCCAAGGGUCGGAUCGUUUGAUGCAUGUCGAUGUGUCCAGCAAGAAUGCUGACGCCAUAUCCAGCCGGACAUGUGAGGUGCUGAGUCGACUCAGUCUGCAAAACCUCAAGCUUGUGAACACAGUGCUCAUUUUUGUCUUUGAUGCGAAAUCUGUAGACCCUGAUCUCCUUCAAGAAAAUGAUAUUGAGUUUAUCCGACUUGAACGACCUGGCACAAGGUUGUCUGUUGCAUCAUUGGUGUCCAAGUCAGCUAUCGUGUUUGUCAACGAAGCGAACAUUGAACGCUACUUUGAUAUCCCAGGCUGUCAAGGGCUGUUUAAAGCUGUUUCCUCUCUGGAGAAUGCCGUCUGCGUCUUCCCCAUGGAUACCAACCCCAAUCUGUGCAAGAAAAUUGCUGUUACUUUUAACAAUGAGUUCAGUAACCCGAGAGAGAAAGCUGACAAGGACAUUCUUUGAUUCCUUCGCAUUUACAAAUAAUGUUUUAGCCAUAUUUUUUUCUCGUCUUCUGCUUUUUUUUUUUUUUUAAUUAAGAGUUUUAGUUUCUCUAUAACUUAUAUUCCUGGACCUGCCUGAUCUUAGAGUAACAACAUGUGCUCUGAAGACAGGAGAGCAAAUGUGCCAAUGUUUCUUUACUUUUAACUGCACUAUCUUGAUUCAUUCCUUCCAUCCGUCAGUCACGUGUUACUUGUAACAUUACACCUGUGCUUUCCUUGUAGCCUGAACUUUGGUAAAAGGAAUGAGCAGUUUUGAAUAACACAAAGAAGAUCUGAUCAAUACUCACAAUUUUAUUCUGUAGUUGUUGGGUUUUUUUUCGACAUUAGGAAGUUGAAAACAGUUAGGAAAAGCUGUUUUGACUUUUUUGUGCUGGCAGAAUGAAUAAUGUGUGCUUGAAUGUUUAGGAUAAGUCAUACUCCCUUGAAUUUUCCUGUAUUAUUGAGAUACAUAUUAUAUAUGCUCGAUUUUAGUAAUUACAAUACUAACUAUUUGCUAUUUUUAAAAUCUAUCAAAGUAAGACUCGUCAUCCACUCUGGAAUUUUCCACAAAAUUUACAGUUAAGUCAGUGUCAUCUCUAACCUGACAUGACGCGUUGACUUUUUAUAAAUCCCUCAAAGUUCAUAACUGAAAACAAAAAUAUCAGCACCUUUGAGUACUGAUAAUGUGAUUUAUUUCCAUCGUGCAGACGAGCAUGAUAGAGAAAUUAAUAAGAAAAUGUAAAGAUUCACUGAAUAUCUACAAAAUGAUAAACAUCGUUGAUGACAAGAUAUGAACUGUAAGCUUGUUGUUAAAUCAUACCAAAUGUCGAAGACUUUAGCCUCAAGCAGCUCUUGUUUUUGAGAAUGUAGAAAAGCUUGCACUGCAUGUGCUUUGUUCUAGCUCGGGUUUGGUUCUCAUAGGGAUGUAGAAUUCAACAGAGAAGUUUUGUCAGUUAUCAGGCUAUGAUCAACUAUAACAAAAUUUGUACCUCUUUUCCUCAAGUUUUAGAUGCUUGGGAAGUGCAAAGCCAGAAUGAAAAAGGAAAUGACUGUAUUGAGGUUUUCUAGGUAUUCAAUGCGAUCUUGUUGAAAAAACCGUGGAGAAGAUGAUUACUCUCAGUGUUUGGAUUUUUCUUAGGAGAUGAGAAACAACUUUGCUGUAAAUGGGAAAUUUUUUCUUUGGGUACUGAGAAGGACAAAAGGUGGGGUGACAUACAACUUAAAAGUACAUAGGCCUACCUUCAUUGUACAAGUACCAAGUUUAUGUCUCUGUGGGUUCCUGGAUUUGAUUUCAUUGCUGAGAAAAUUCAAAGCAGUACCUUAUUUUUAUGUGUGUAUUUGUAUAUAACUUACCCUUGAUGUCCUUUUCUUUUUCUUUGGAAGGAUUUCUAUUCCUCAUCAGUAUUUCAAGUCUUACGAACGGCUGACACUGAAUUGUGAUACUCAUUUUUUCUAAACUCAAAUUUUAGUUUUAUAUUUUUUCCCUAUUUUUAAAAAGAAAAGAGUUAUAUUUAUGGGACAUCAGAAUUCUGAUGUAUAUAUUCACUUUGUAUGAAAAUAUGACUGUGUGUUUGACAUCUGUAAAACUCAAUGACGGGUUGUCUGUUUUCCUGUGCAUUGCUUUUUUAAAUCAAUCACAGCUUUUACUAUUCUGGUAUGUUAGUCUUCAAGAACAAGAUUGUUGAAUAGCGACAGUUCCUUCUCUGGAGAAUCUAGGACAGCUCGGUUUUAAAAAGUUUUUUUUAGUUACACACCAUACUGAAAAUUGCAUUUAGCUAGCGAAGGCACACUUUAAACUUGAUAAAGAUGUAUAGGAA